AUGUUCGAUCGAUUCCAACUUCCGAAACGGAAACCCGUCGUAAAUGUUCAUUAUGAAGGGGAUACACGCUAUACCAUGCAGUAUUGCCGAUGGGUCCUGAAACCAAUCGGCAUCUGGCACCUGGUCUGCGGUCAUCCGUCGCGAAGAGAAAAACUCAUCUCCGUAGCGUUAAUCCUCACGUGCUUCUUCUUGCUGUGUUUUGUCCUGAUACCUUCCGGUUUGUACACUGUGCUUCGCGAGAAGAACAUCAACGUCAGAGUCAAGCUCUUCGGUCCGAUUGGCUUCUGCCUGACUUCCACGAUUAAAUAUUGCUAUCUCGGAUUGCGAAGCGCGUCGUUUGGUCGAUGCAUCGAGCAGGUCGAGAACGACUGGCGGGUUGUGCGCGAUCAGGAUCACCGCGUGAUCAUGCAGAGGAACGCGCAGGUGGGCCGUCGGCUCACCGUGAUCUGCGCGGUCUUCCUUUACACCGGCGGUCUGUCGUAUCACACGAUCAUGCCGUUAUCUUCCAGACAGACAAUCGACGGAAACGUCACCAUCAGAAGGCUCACCUAUCCCGGAUAUGACUUAUUCUUCGAUCCCGAAGCCAGCCCCGCUUACGAGAUCGUAUUCUGCGUUCAUUGUGUGUUCGCGCUGAUCACGUACAACAUCACGACAUCGGCGUGUAGUCUGGCAGCGAUCUUUGUGUGUCACGCCUGCGGACAACUCAAGAUACUGAUGACACUGAUGGACGAUUUGAUCGAGGGAACCAGAAACAAGGGCACCACCGUGGAGACGCGUUUACGUACAAUAGCGCAACAUCACGUGCGAGUGCUCAGAUUUUCGACGAGCGUAGACGAAGUGUUGCGCGAAAUAUGCUUGAUGGAAGUAGUAGCCUCCACCUUGAUCAUUUGUUUGCUUGAGUACUACGUUAUGACGGAAUGGGAGAAUAGCAACGCCGUGGCGAUCUUGACGUACUUCAUUUUGUUGAUAUCCUUCACUUUCAAUAUUUUAAUAUUUUGUUACAUCGGUGAACUUCUCGCGGAACAGUACAACAAAAUUGGCUCAGCCGUCUAUGACAUCAAAUGGUACAAUUUAUCCGGAAACAAAGCUCUCGCUCUCGUGCUGAUCAUCACGAUGUCUCAUUAUCCGCCUAAACUUACAGCUGGCAAAUUCGUCGAUUUAUCCGUUCAUACCUUCGGCGUUGUACUCAAAUCGUCCGUAAUGUAUUUAAAUUUGCUUCGAACCGUUACUUAA